AAAUCAGUAAACUGCGUAUUUAAUUUAUUUGAUUUUAAUUUAAAAGACAUGCUAGGAAUAAACAUGUAAAGACAUUCUCGUGUUAUAAAGUGGCCUAAGAAAAUAAGAGUAGAACAAAAAACUUAUUAGUGCAAGGUCCCCUUAAGGAAGCAAAUUGCUCUCACAUGUUGCGUGUUGUUGAGUGUUACAGGUUGCCUACCUGUGGUCCCUGCAUCCCUUACUUUUUCUCCUAGCCGUGAUCUGCUUACAUCAACCUUGACAGAAACAUUUUUGAGCGAACCUCCCAGGGAAGUCGACUCGCCUCUUUCUAAACUCCGCCCUCUCGAUCAUUGUUAGGAAACAUUCAGUUUUAACUCGACGUGUACAAAAAAGCAUAUCGCCAAAAACUGGAGCGCCUGUUGAAUUCUUUGUCUCAGUAGUCCAGAUCAGUGGUUAAAAUGCUGGACCCAUCUUCAAGCGAAGAGGAGUCUGGUGAUGAGGUCCUGGAACAAGAGCGACGAGAUGUCCUGCUGGCCGGCUCCCAGAGGUCCCUGCCUGCACAGGGGCGAGAUUCUAGGAAUGAAAGGCGAUCAGGUACCGCUAGACCUGCAAGCCCAAGUCCCGCUGUCAUCAGCGAGAAAGAGAAGGAAGACCAAGAUCGGCUACAGAGAGAAGAGGAUGAAAGGAGGACACGGCUACAGAUAUAUGUGUUUGUGCUAAGGUGCAUAGCAUAUCCUUUUAAUGCCAAGCAACCUACAGAUAUGUCCAGAAGGCAGCAAAAGCUAAACAGGCAACAGCUACUGACAAUUAAAGAGCGUUUCCAGGCCUUUUUGAGCGGAGAGACCCAGAUUGUCGCAGAUGAAGCUUUUUGCAAUGCGAUUCGAAGUUAUUUUGAGGUGUUCCUCAAGAGCGACCGUGUUGCGAGGUUGGUUCAAAGUGGGGGUUGCUCAGCUAAUGACUUCAGAGAAGUCUUUAAAAAGAACAUAGAGAAGAGAGUGCGCAGCCUUCCUGAAAUUGAUGGCCUGAGCAAGGAGACUGUCCUGAGUUCCUGGAUUGCCAAGUUUGAUGCGAUCUACAGAGGAGAGGAGGACCUUUGCAAGCAGCUACCCAGGAUGCAUUUAAACGCUGUAUCAGAACUGAUCCUAAGUAAAGAGCAGCUUUAUGAAAUGUUCCAGCACAUUCUGGGAGUCAAGAAAUUUGAACACCAGCUGCUGUACAAUGCUUGUCAGCUGGACAAUGCAGAUGAACAGGCAGCACAGAUCCGAAGGGAACUGGAUGGACGCUUGCAACUAGCUGAUCAAAUGGCUAAAGAAAGGAAAUAUCCAAGGUUUGUUGCAAAAGAGAUGGAAAUCCUGUACAUUGAAGAGUUGAAAUCCUCAGUGAAUUUGCUCAUGGCCAACCUGGAGAGCCUGCCAGUUUCAAAAGGUGGUUCUGAAUUUAAGCUUCAGAAACUGAAACGAUCCCAGAAUUCCUCGUUUCUUGACAUUGGAGAUGAAAAUGACACCCAGCUCUCCAAGUCAGAUGUAGUUCUGUCAUUUACACUCGAGAUUGUUAUUAUCGAGGUGCAAGGUUUGAGGUCAGUGGCUCCCAACAGGAUUGUGUAUUGCACAAUGGAAGUAGAAGGAGGAGAAAAGCUACAGACAGACCAAGCAGAAGCCUCAAGACCACAGUGGGGGACCCAAGGGGAUUUCACCACCACCCAUCCUCUCCCUGUUGUCAAAGUGAAACUCUUCACUGAAAGUACUGGGGUCCUGGCCCUGGAAGACAAAGAACUGGGAAAGGUUGUUCUGUAUCCAACGCCAAACAGCCCAAAGUGUCCAGAGCUGCACAAAAUGAUAGUUCCAAAAAACAGUCAAGACUCAGAGCUCAGAAUAAAGCUUGCUGUUCGGAUGGACAAACCACCAAAUACAAAGCAUUGUGGGUAUCUUUAUGCACUUGGUCAGAAGGUUUGGAAGCGCUGGAAAAGGAGAUAUUUUGUACUUGUUCAGGUUAGCCAGUACACCUUUGCCAUGUGCAGUUACAGAGAGAAGAAAUCUGAACCUCAGGAGCUAAUGCAGUUGGAAGGAUAUACUGUGGAUUAUACAGACCCUCAACCAGGUCUUACAGGUGGACGAGCAUUUUUCAAUGCAGUGAAAGAAGGGGAUACAGUGGUUUUUGCCAGUGAUGACGACCAAGACCGAAACAUUUGGGUGCAGGCAAUGUGUCGAGCUACAGGCCAGUCUUAUAAACCUGUUGCCCCAACACUGGCACAAAAACACAAUUUCAAAGGUGGGAACCUCCACACAGAUAUGCCCAUGUCUCAACUAAAUUCAGAACGUACCCAGAAACUUGGGAUGGAUGAAUUUAUAGCUGCUGAUCCCUGUAAGUGUAUGCACACUGCCCUGUUUCAAGUGCUUCAGAAGCAGACUCUACAACACAGAAUGAACGAUUCCUUUUCUUGUCUGGGCUGGUUCAGUCCUGGCCAGGUGUUUGUGCUGGAUGAAUACUGUGCCCGAUACGGAGUGCGGGGCUGCCAUCGACAUCUCUGUUACCUCAAAGAGCUCACUGAGUAUGCAGAGAACAGUGCUGUGAUUGACCCCACCUUGCUUCAUUACAGCUUUGCCUUCUGUGCUUCUCACGUUCAUGGAAACAGGCCUGAUGGGAUUGGAACAGUGACCACCGAAGAAAAAGAACAAUUUGAAGACAUAAAAAGUAGACUUUUGUCUCUUCUUGAAAACCAGAUCGUCCAUUUCAGGUAUUGUUUCCCCUUUGGGCGUCCUGAAGGUGCUUUAAAAGCUACACUUUCCUUGCUUGAAAGGGUUUUAAUGAAGGACAUUUCCACCCCUGUGCUGCCUGACGAUAUGAAGAAAGUGAUACGCAAAUGUCUUGAGAAAGCUGCUUUGAUCAAUUACUCCCGACUCACAGAGUACGCUAAAAUAGAAGAUACUAUGAACCAAGCUGCUCCUGCUAAAAAACUAGAGGAUGUUAUGCGACUGGGGGAGCUGUGCAUUGAAGUACUACAACAGAACGAAGAACAUCAUUCAGAGGCCUUUGCUUGGUGGCCAGAAAUAAUGGCUGAACACGCAGAGAUAUUUUGGUCCUUAUAUGCUGUUGACAUGGAUGCCUCGCUUGAGGCACAGCCUCAAGACUCCUGGGAUAGUUUUCCACUUUUCCAGCUCCUCAAUAACUACCUAAGAAAUGAUACUCUCCUCUGCAAUGGGAAGUUUCAUAAGCACUUACAAGAUUAUUUUAUCCCCCUGGUUAUCCGCUACAUUGAUCUAAUGGAGUCUUCUAUUGCCCAGUCUAUUCACAGAGGAUUUGAACAGGAAACAUGGCAGCCAGUCAAGACUAUUACCAACAAUCUCCCAAAUGUGCCUCUACCAAAGGUUCCAAGUCUGCCCCUUAAUCUUCCUCAAAUACCUAGCUUUUCUGCACCAUCCUGGAUGGCUCCUUUAUAUGCUAACACAUUGUGUGGAAUGCGUUUAGCUGAUUUGUUCAAUGGAUCAACUACAUCAGAAGACCUGUUCUGGAAGCUGGAUGCACUGCAGAUGUUUGUCUGUGACUUGCACUGGCCCGAGCCUGAAUUUGCCCAACAUUUAGAGCAAAGGCUCAAACUGAUGGCCAGUGACAUGGUGGAGGCCUCUGUUAAAAGAACAAGAAUAGCUUUUGAUGCCAAGAUGCAGAAGGCCAACAAAUCAACGGAUUACAGAAUCUCUCCUUCUGUUUGUACCAUGUUUAAUGUGCUAAUGGAUGCCAAGAAGCAGUGCACCAAGCUCUGUGUUUUAGAUGCAGGACAAGAGUUUGGUAAACAAUGGCAACAGUACCAUUCGAAAACAGAUGACUUAAUUGAAGAAGCCUUUAAAGAAAUGAUUUCCUUGUUGGUUUCAAAGUUUGUUGCAGUAUUGGAAGGAGUACUAGCCAAACUAUCAAGAUAUGAUGAAGGAACAUUAUUUUCUUCCAUUCUUUCUUUUACUGUGAAGGCAGCUGCAAAAUAUGUUGAUGUUCCUAAUCCAGGGAUGGAUCUGGCAGACACUUACAUAACGUUUGUACGACAGAACCAGGAUAUUCUCAGAGACAAGGUCAUUGAGGAUAUGUAUAUAGAAAAAUUAUUUGAUAAAAGGAUGGAUGAUUUAAGUUCAGUGAUGUACUUGAGGCUGUUUGAGCAAUGGUAUACCAGUUCAAUGAAAGCUAUCUGUGUUUGGCUUACUGACAGACUUGAUCUCCAGCUCCACAUGUAUCAGCUGAAAACUCUCAUCAGGAUAGUCAAGAAAUCAUACCGUGAUUUCAGGUUGCAGAGCGUGUUGGAAGGAACCUUGAACAACAAAACCUAUGAAACCGUUUACAACCGCCUUACUGUCGAGGAGGCCACCGUCUCAGUGACUAAUGGGAGUGACCUUCAAGGGAUAUCAAUGAGAGACAGUGAUGAAGAAGAGGGGUGAUUGCCAAAAGAGUUGAACAGUCAACGAUCAAUCAGUUUUAUUCAGUGUUACAGCAAUAGAAACUUUCACAUUUGCUUUGUUCCACUGUGUACCGCUGUUACUGAAUUGAUGCCAGUCAUUUUUCUACAUAAUAUUUCUAAGUGAGACGCAAUACCAAGGAUGUGUAAGAGUAGAAAUUAUGAAGAAUACUGUUAUGGUAAUUUAAUGUUUACAUGUUUUUACUUUUGAGUUUUUAAAGUUGAACAAAUUUCAAAUCUGUACAAUGGUGAAUCUAAGUUUGCAAUUUAUCCUGUAAAUUAAAACCAUUUUAUUUUAUAUAUUAGGUUAUGGUAACAAUUGGCUGGAAAUGAACAAGAUUGAAAUAAACAUAUAUAAUUUGAGUUAAGAACUGUCACUGCAGUUGUGAUAAACAUGAUGUCUUUGUGCCAAGAUCUGAUCUUACAACAUGUAUGCUUACUUUAAUAUUCAUGCUGGGAUUCUCUCAAGGGGGCCAAAUGACCAAAGCAUUAUGCUGAUCAUUGUUAUGGUAUGUCAUUUGUUGUAUGUUUUUAUGCUUCCAAUUGGUAACAAAACUGACAUGAUGCUUGGCAAUCGUGUCAAGCAAUCCAUUCAUAAAUUUUUAAGGUGACUUGUGCAUAACAUUCAGUGCAUUUUCUUUGAAAGAUUAAUGAUGUCUAAUAUCAUAAGAUAUCAGUAUACUUCAGUAAGAUCAUAUUAGUUAUGUUCAUUACAAAACCACUUCAUAACUACCUGCCAUUAAGAAUGCAUAUUUGUAUUUGUCAUUUUUACACCUGCUUUCAUCCAGGUGUCUUCUGAGUGUUAGAAUAAAGUGUUUUCA